AUGGCGGGAGCUAGAGAAGAUAAGUGGGCAAUAAGUGCAGCUCAGAACUGCGUAACAUAUCCCAUGGAUGAAUUGGUAGAAGAACCGGACGAGGUUAUGAUGGGCACGUCCUUCACAUUGCAUGGUAGUUUUAAAGUAUUUGCUCGAGCAGUUUUGGCAUUGAAUCGUGUUGGAAACGAGCUGUAUAUAGAACCAAGUGAAUUUGGACUAACUCUUCGUUCACUGAAUUGUUCGAAAUCAGCUUUUGGUACUUUCAUGUUUUCCAAAACAUUCUUUAGUGAAUGUGAUGUAACACGAUUGAAUUCAAAUGCGUCCAAUACGUGUCGGAUUUCAAUGAAGAGCGCUUUGUCUGCCUUCAAAUGUGUUAAGAACACUGAAAAAGCGGUACUUUUGUGUAAACUUUACCUUAACCCUUCAGCUGAUGCCAUGCUCAUGGAACUCACUCAUACAUAUGAUUGCAUUACUAAAAAGCAAAUAAUUUCACAUUCUCCCUUCAUUUCAGAUGUUAUACGACGGCACAGAGUACCAUUUUAUGAAUGUAGUUCUAGGUUCCAAACAGUUGUCGAUAAGGCAACUAUGAGUAAUUGUUUUAUUAUUCAAGCCAAAAUAUUGCUUGAGCUGUUCAAUCGAAUACAUCAUAGUACAGAAGAAUUGUUAAUCGAUGCUAAAAUGAGUGAAAUAUCUUUUAAGAAUUAUAUCACAGAUGAGCAUGAGAAAGAUUUAGUAAUGAAAACCGAAGGAAAAAUCGCUAUUGCUGAUUUUCUAAAGUAUAGCAUCAAGCGAUCGACUCAAGUUGUUGUGAGUUUGAGGGAACUUAAAUCUAUGGUAGUCUUUGCUGAUAUUCAUCAGACACCAGUUAGUAUAUACUUCGAUCAGCCAGGGAGACCUAUUGUGGUAGCUCUGGAGGGUGAUGUCAAUUAUACUGCUGAGGUAGUACUUGCAACAGUGAUUGAUGUUGCGGUUCCUUGUGGAAAUAUCGAGAAUCCAGUCCAAAUCAUUCAUAUCCCCGAAAAAGAGCAACGGUGGUCAAAACGGAAGCGAGACCAGUCACCAUUAAAUUCACCUUUUUCACCGUUAGCAUUUAAUGGUGUUGAAAAAGAAAAAAAGCAUAAUGAACCUUCAUCAGUAGCACAAAUUAAUGAUGCAACUGAACGACAGAAUGGAAAAAAAAAUAAGGGUACUAGUGUUGGAUUACCUCAAGCAACUUCAUCUCCUGUCAGGGAUACACAUGUUACUUACCAAGUAGAAAAUGAUUUAGUGGAGUGUAACGGAAUUACAAUGAAUAAUAUCAUUGUAAGCGAAGAUAAUAUGCAGGAAAUAUGUGAUACAGGUGAUGAUUCUGGUAGCACAGAUGGUUGUAGGUCAGAAACUCCACCAUCUAGAGGUCCAGCGUUACUUCGCUAUAUAUUUUCGUUAGAUGAACCCACUCGUGAUUCAGUAGAUUUUCCUUCUGAUGCAAAAGUUCUAGCUCCUGACUCGGACUCCGAAAGCUCUAGUCCAGGUUGUGAGUACAUGUUUGAUUUCGAUCGUGAUUAUCUUGAAAAUAAAAAUGAUUGA